AUGGCGCUCUGGAGUGGGAGGUUCACGGUGCACUCGCGGCUGUUCAUGACGGUUUGGCGCCUGCUGCGGCACACCACCAUCCUCGUCCUCUUCGUCUUCAUCCUCACGUGCGGUGCCGCUGCCGUCGACCUCCUUCUCGACUGGCGGCCAUUCUCUCUUGGCACAAGACGUGCAGCUCCUGGGGUUGGGUUCUCGCCCUCUCCCUGCCCCUGCAUCGAAGGGCUCGCUCCUUUCGGGGGGCGGUACGACAUCGCCUCGACGGAUUUGUGCCCUUCUGUUCUCGACAUCACGGGCCAAUACUGCGAGCUGCUCCCUACCUUGCAAGGGCUCUACCGCCAGUUUUCAGAGCCUCCGCCGCACGAAGUCGCGGACUCCUCAAUAUGGACCACGCAGAGUGACCUCAAUCGGCACCUCGCAGCUUGUAGCAACGGUAGGGACAGCUUGUCACGAAUAGUUCGACUCUCGGAUCUUGGUGGACAGCCUCCAGAAGCCGGUGACGGAGGAAACGAAGCAUGCGGCCUCGUCCGGUCCCGCGCCGUACAAAAACUGCACCAUGGACUCGGGGCUGCGCUUCUGGGACACUUGACGACCUUCCAGGACGGACUGCCGUCGAUGGCCGCAAUGGCUACGCGGCAUCAGCUGCACAUGAGCGUGCUUCGUUGUGUACGGCGAAGAGCUGACGUUCUCCUCAACAUGUACGGUCAAAUGGCGGACAUACUAGAGUUUGAAUUGGGAGCCAUGUCGCACGACUGCCGCGAUGGCCUGCAGUCGCCACUUUGCCGCAACAGUACCGUGGACACAGCGAAGGCCGUCCACGCCAGGAUCGGUCGGGAAAUUUUCCAUCGGCCUGAACAUCGCCAGACCAUCGAAGCGUACCUGGGGCCGCCGUUUCCUCUACCAGGGCGCAACGGUUCGCAUGACGCUGUGAGGCUACCAUAA